UAUGAGAGACCUCUCUCGCGCAGUCGAGAGCACAAAGUCAAAGCAGAAAAAACAAAAACAAAACAUUCCUAUAAGCAUUUCACUAAGCCGCUGUUGUGUGUUAAUGUAUGUGCGUGUGUGUGUGUGUGGGAAGUAAAAUUGUCGCAAUACAAAUUCGAUUCGUUUGUUUUUGUUGCAAAGAUCGCCAGAUCGUGCGUGAGUUUGAGGCUGAGAGAGCGCGCUGAGUGAGAGCAUAUAAGAUCUGGAAAUCUGCUAUUUGUGCGUUUCGUGUCGCAGACACAAAGAUAUUCAGAUACAUUUACCAUUGGAUGCACUUGUAUUUACUUAGUGGGCAAAAGAUGUCAAGCAGUUGCUUGUGAAAUGACUUUUGUUUAAACUAACUACCAGUUGAGUGUAGUGAAAAUGCAUAAAAUACUGCUUUGUGUUUGUGCAAAUGACCACUUAAAAAUGGGCAAGAAGGACCAUUGGUAGACUUUGGGGGCCACAAUACCCAAACUAAAGUAUAAACAAACGGCAAAUGCCUUAAAGCAAUGACUAAGACGUCCAAUAAAAUGUCUGGUAUUACUAACAACAACAACAAUAAUAAUAAUAAUAACAACAAUAACAAUAUAAACAAACUGAGUGAAAAGUUUUUAAGUGCAAACAAAACCAAAACGCUAGAAGCGUCGCACACAUUGCCAACCGGUGUCAACACCAUCACCGCCAACACAAUCAACAAUAAUAACAACAACAACAGUAACGCCAUCCCCCUUAAUAACCCGAAAUCGAAUAAUAACAACGAGUGUGACAAAAUAACGCAACAGCAAUUUUCUGCUACGAUUUCAAGUAAAUUACAAGCACCACAAACACGACGCACACUGCCAGCUCCCAGUGCUGUGCAAACCUUGACGCAACGCUCACUCCAGCAGCAGCAACAGCAACAGCAACAGCAAAGCGUGACGACAAACUCAUCAGUAUUGCCAUCAGCCAACCCAAUUACAAAAUACUCCAGUGGCGCCGCAUUGCCUUCGCACCAGCUGCAAACCAUCGCCACUGUACACCAACAUCACCCACAACAGCAACAGCAGCACACGGCCGAGCCGACGACUGCUGCGACUAGCGGUAGCAUUUCAUCAGACGCACACCUACACCCAACAUCCUCGCAUAGCGGUAAGGAUCAACGUACACACACCCAUAACCACCAGCAACACCAACACCACGCACAACAUCAUCACAGCCAGCAACAGCAGCAGCAGCAAGCGGCGUCGAAGCAUUUGAGUGGCGAGGGUGAAGGCACAAUUCCGACUGGCACUUCGUCCAUCAACGGCGUCACUUUGCAACAGCAACGCAACGCAUACAAUCUGCAGGCGCUGAAAGCUGUCAAUUAUUUAAAGGCGCCAGCACAUUCCAUACCGCCACGCUACCAGCCACCACCCCAGCCGACUGGCAACCAGGCUGGCAUAUUGAAGCACAUAAAUACAUUGCGCAGCGGCGGCGCUGAGAGUGCCGAGACCUUUGGCCAGCGCCAGUCAGGGACGGGCAGCAGCAGCAAGCUCGCGUCCUCGAAUUUCGAUACGACACACUUCAAUCUUAAAUAUCCGCCGGACAUACCACAAUUGUCGCCUGUCUAUAUACCGGAUUCGUUGAAAUUAAACGGCGGCAGCGGUCGCUACUUGCCUUCGCAUCAGUCGACGCUUGCACAGCGGCAAAGUGCACGGCUCACAGGUGGUGCCACGAAUCCGCAAUAUUUCUACAAUCCGCAACAACAGCAACAGCAGUAUCGACAACAACAACAAGUGGAACAGCAACAACAACAGCAUCAACAAGAUAUGCUUAAGUUUGUGCGUAAAAGUGAUCAAGAUCAUCCAUCGCCGAAUGCUUCGAUCACCUCGAGUGCCGCCGCUGUGUCGACCGGCAGCACACGACUCACCGCCGAACAAAAUCGUCAAUUACAGGGCCUCAUUAACGAGCUACGCGUCUUAAAGGAGCAAAACCAACGAUUACUCGACGACAAUCAGGAAUUGCGUGACCUCUGUUGCUUUCUGGAUGACGAUCGUCAAAAGGGUCGGAAGCUCGCACGAGAAUGGCAGCGUUUUGGCAGAUAUACAGCCAGUGUGAUGCGACAGGAGGUGGCAGCAUAUCAGCACAAGUUGCGUCAACUGGAUGACAAACAACAAGAGCUAAUUACCGAUAAUCUGGAAUUGAAGGAGUUGUGUCUGUACCUGGAUGAAGAACGGACACAUAUUGCGGCGAACGCACUCUGUGCCAAUUGCGGCAGCUCCGUACGGAAUCCACUACGGGAUGAUGGUGAUGGCAGUAGUUCGAGCACAAAUGCAGAGGAGACACUAUCGGCGUUGAGGAAUUAUGAGCGGCAAAUGCCUGAAACAACGCUACGGACCACGCUUAGUGAUCAGACCGUCCAAUACGUACGCUCGUUGGAACGACGCAUACGACAAUUGGAAGAGGAACGUGUCGGAACAACAACACCCACAUCUAAUAUUCUAACAACUCAACAUACCCAAACGCAAGCACCAGCCACACAAACCCCGCAACAACAUCAACAACAACAACAACAGCAGCAGCAACAACAAUCAGCACAAAAUCCGCUAAUCGAUCCGAUAUCAAGUCGACCCGAAGCUGUGGUGCGUGCGCUCCAAGUGCUCGAGGUACGCGAACAAUUGGAACGAGAUCGUCUCAGUGGACUCAUUGAGAAUUCAAGAGACCAAAUGGAUGACGGCGAAAAGGCGUUGGUGCGCGAAAUGUGUAAUGUGGUGUGGCGCAAGCUGGAAAGUAAUGUGCCGAAUGUGUCGAGUAGUAUGUAGUGCUGUUAGCAGAGAUAUUUAACAGAAGAAGAAGAAACUAUUGCCAAUUUCAAUCAUUAAAUGAAUCACUAAAUUCACGUGCACAGACAUACAUAUAUUGUCCUGAAGAACAUCACAACUUAUUACAUACAAUUAUUUAUAUACAAACAUACAAACGUACGUACGUACAUAUUUUACGAAAUAAUAAAGCGUGUUUUAUAAAAAUAUGCCAAUAA